GUAGUCUCACGCUAUGAGAAGCGCACUCACGAGACUCAGCCCUGUCCUUUAGCGCUCCGCAGACCGCCAUCAAAUUCUCCAUCCCCGCUCCUUGGCUACCAUUUGCACGAUGCGUGAAAUAGUGCACCUGCAAGCCGGCCAGUGUGGCAACCAGAUCGGAGCUAAGUUCUGGGAGGUGAUCAGUGAUGAGCAUGGUAUCGACCCAACCGGAACGUACCACGGAGACAGCGACCUGCAGCUAGACAGGAUCAGUGUUUACUACAAUGAGGCUACAGGUGGGAAGUACGUUCCCCGAGCCAUCCUCGUGGACCUGGAGCCUGGCACCAUGGACUCGGUCCGAUCUGGGCCAUUUGGACAGAUCUUUAGACCCGACAACUUUGUCUUUGGCCAAAGUGGUGCUGGAAACAACUGGGCGAAGGGUCACUACACGGAGGGGGCGGAGCUUGUGGACUCUGUGCUGGACGUGGUGCGUAAGGAGGCAGAGAGCUGUGAUUGCCUGCAGGGCUUCCAGCUCACGCACUCGCUGGGCGGAGGCACAGGCUCGGGCAUGGGCACCCUGCUCAUCAGCAAGAUCCGCGAGGAGUACCCCGACCGCAUCAUGAACACCUUCAGCGUGGUGCCCUCGCCCAAGGUGUCCGACACGGUGGUGGAGCCCUACAACGCCACGCUGUCCGUGCACCAGCUGGUGGAGAACACGGACGAGACCUACUGCAUCGACAACGAGGCGCUCUACGACAUCUGCUUCCGCACGCUCAAGCUGACCACUCCCACCUACGGCGACCUCAACCACCUGGUGUCGGCCACCAUGAGCGGCGUGACCACCUGCCUCAGGUUCCCCGGGCAGCUCAACGCCGACCUGCGCAAACUGGCCGUCAACAUGGUGCCCUUCCCCCGCCUGCACUUCUUCAUGCCGGGCUUCGCCCCCCUCACCAGCAGGGGGAGCCAGCAGUACCGCUCCCUGUCCGUGCCCGAACUCACGCAGCAGAUGUUCGACGCCAAAAACAUGAUGGCGGCGUGCGACCCGCGCCACGGCCGCUACCUCACCGUGGCCGCCGUCUUCCGCGGACGCAUGUCCAUGAAGGAGGUGGACGAGCAGAUGCUCAACGUCCAGAACAAGAACAGCAGCUACUUCGUGGAGUGGAUCCCCAACAACGUCAAGACGGCCGUGUGCGACAUCCCGCCCCGCGGCCUCAAGAUGGCCGCCACCUUCAUCGGCAACAGCACGGCCAUCCAGGAGCUGUUCAAGCGCAUCUCCGAGCAGUUCACCGCCAUGUUCCGCCGCAAGGCCUUCCUGCACUGGUACACGGGCGAGGGGAUGGACGAGAUGGAGUUCACCGAGGCUGAGAGCAACAUGAACGACCUGGUGUCCGAGUACCAGCAGUACCAGGAUGCCACGGCCGAGGAGGGCGAGUUCGAGGAAGAGGGCGAGGAGGAGGUCGCCUAAAUCUCGGCCGGGGCUCCGCCCCCUGCCCCGCCCCAGUCAGUUGUACACCAUGCCUGUAACACUGUAACACAGGUCUCUGCUAAUCUCCGGUCAUACUCAUGGAAAAGUGACAUUUACAAUGAAUAGUGCAACUUUUUCAUUUGACUUUGUGUUUUGGUGUCUUGUGUAUGCAUUGCACUGUUACCCUCUUACAUCACCUUACAGAGGGUCAAGCGGGUGCUUUUAAUUGUGAAGCCUUCAGAUCUGAGAAAACCCUCUGUUCGAGUCACCGUCUGAAUAAAGGCCAGUACUCUACCCCCA